CGCGGCCACAACCUUAAAAAUCCGUUGUACUUUGUCGUCCACAAGCUCACCGGCACCAGAUCUUCGAUUGCCGCUGCUCAAUCAUCGACCAUUGUAGAGCCAGAGGAGGAGGUGGACACGAUUCACAGUUCGAUUAGCACUUUCUAAAUCAGGGCUUCCCCUGAUUGGAGCCCAGGAGAAUCGCAACCACCAGGCAAAAAUAUAGAAAGAGACAACAGACCUCGCCUGAGGGGAGAAGGAAACCAGUUGAUUGCUGUCUCCAAAGCUUACAGAGUUGGGUAACCACUUUCUAGGCAGUCACAUAUCCAAGCUUCACUACUACAGAAGAAGCUACAAAGGCCAGAAUCACUUGUUCAUCCCAAAUAUUGUAGAGGGGGAGGUGGUACAGAGAUGAAGCUAAUUGGGCUUGAACCCACUUUUUGCUGUCAACAACAUAGUCAAGGGUGGGAUUCUUGACUAAUCUUUUUGCCCCAAAUGUGAAGCUGAAAAUAUAGAAGAGACUUCCGUGCUGUUGUUCAAUAUGCUAACAGUGAUAAUCUUUUUACUUUGUAGCAUGUUAUUAUUAUGCUUAAAGUGAUUGCCUUAGUAAUCUUAUAGUUUAAAUUAGCUUGUUGUACUUUAUUGUUUACGUUUGUUUAUGAAUGGUAUUGCCUAUUAUUAUUUGUGAGUAUAGCUUCUAAGGUGAUGCUAUAGUAACCAAUUGGUCGCUAAAACAGAGUCACAGAUGAACCCAAAAGAAACAUUCAACAGUAGGAAACAGAUGGAGAGAAAAUAAAGUCUGCACCCAGAAACGGAUAAGUAAGGGGACAACGUCUCUUGGUCGAAUCAAGAAGGACAUCCUCCUGUCCAAGCAGCUCAUUAGCUUGAAUACCGGCACGCCUACUAACCAGAGAUCGGCGAGGUAAAAUGAAGCUAGAUAUAACCAAAGGAAUUGCUGAAAAGUCUUUGCUAAUUUCCAUGACAUCCAACCUUUUAGUUGCCACCACAAGCCAAAGAUGGUACAUCCCUCAAACCACCUUGAGACAUCUCCAUCACACAGGCAAAAGCAACAAACAAGGACACAAACAUAAACUAGAAAUAGGAUAUGAAAUAGAGGAAUUUUUAGCUCUCAAAGGCCACAAGGGAGAUCCUAGCCCUUGUGCCUGAUUUACCUAUAUGCAUCAUGGUGCCAUUGUUGGCUGUUUGGGGACUGCCACUGAACCCCUCAUCAUCAUGAUUGAUCUUCUGCCCAAAGACAACACUCCAGGAAGGCAUAUUGGAACU